GUCACACUGCAAAAACUGUGCGUGUGUGUGUGUGUGCAGCAGUGCACAGGAAGAAUGUGUAAUUGUUACGAAAAGUCAAAUGGAAACGGAAUUAUAAUAGCAAUAAUCGUGUGAAUGUGCAAUUGGGCACUGUUGCACCGAGUGAAAAGUUUGAUAAAGAACCGCCGUUGAAAGCGGAAUCGCACAAAAACAAGCCAGCUUUCGCAAACAAUUGAAAUUACACCGCUUAAAAGUGAGACUGAGUCACAGAAUCCAAGGGGAGUUACCUCCGCAAACACACCCACAUCCUCGCCAGCUGCCGACAUGGGCAAGCGCCUCCAACUGGAGCGCCCAACCACGGAGCGCAGUGCACGCAAGCGAAAGCGUUCGGCGGUCAAGGACGCCGUGAAGCGCCAGCGCUUGAGCGGCGGCUCCAGCAGCGCCAAUGGCUUCGAGUUCCACGAGAACGACGACGAGGAGUCCUGCUCCUCGGCCGGAUCCGCUGGCGGCAUGGCGGUGGAUCCACCCACACUGUUGCACACCCCGCAGGCUCGUAGUUUGCUCCUGACGGGAGCCAGCAUCGCCAGCGAUCACAAUAACUCUAGCGUGAUGGAGUCACCGCGUCCGGUUUACACGCUCCGGCCCUCGGUGGUCAAUGGAACCAUUCUGAGGGACGUGCUCUCCAAGGCCUGGCGCUUGGGACGACCCAUAGGGAAGGGCAACUUUGGCGAGAUCUUCCUAGCCUCGGAUGACACCGUAUGCCCGGCCAGCUCGGAAACAGCCAAAUACGUGGUCAAGAUAGAGCCACACUCAAACGGCCCCCUUUUCGUAGAGAUUCACUGUCUGAUCAACACAUCGCAGAGCAAGGAUCUAUCAGAUGUCGGGGAAGAUGCUGCCAUCCUGCCAGCCCAACAGACGCAUGCCCUCAGCAAGGGUCCGCCCUCGGGGAUACCCAGCUUUAUUGCCUCGGGCACGCACUUCUUUGGAGAUGCCCGCUAUCGCUUUCUGGUGCUGCCGCGCUUCGAUCGCGACCUGCAUUCGCUGAUCAAGAACUCAAGGGUCCAGCAAAAGUCACUCCUAGUGCUGGCUGUGCACAUAAUCAAUGUGCUGGAGAAUCUGCACGACAAGGGAUACUGUCAUAACGAUAUCAAGGCCCAGAACCUGAUGGUGUCCAAGUGCAAGUACCUCAGGAAGCAGGCGGUGCCGAAAGGCAAUGGCUACGACGAGCACUACGAGGAGAAGCAGCAGACCACAGAUAGUGGCAAUAGCUCGGAGCAGGAGACCAACGACGAUGACUACUUCCUCAAGAACGAGAAGUUCGCCAUGAAACGGAUUGCGCAUAUUAAGCAGGAUGACGACGAAGAUGAUGAGGAUUUCGACGAUGGCGCAACAUCGAACAGCAACAACAGCAACAGCCUGGACAUCUACCACACGCCAGUGAACAAGAAGCGAGCUGCACGCAAUCCCGUCCAGUUCAGCGGCUCCAAUCCUGUGCGUUCGUGUCGUCGCGAGAAGCGCAACUCCAUGUACGAGGAGAUGGUCAAGUCACACUAUCUGCGCCCCACCAAGCGCAUCAGCUACCGCGAGGAGUUCAACGAGGAGGGGUAUCCCAAGGCGACCGAGGAAAACAGUGAUGAAUCGCCGGAAUCGUCUGAUAACGAGUCCGAUGAGUUUAUUCCGCCCUCGUCCCUCCGUUCGUCUAGCAAAAGAGGGGGGAGGAGCGCUCUGGUAGCCAGUCCCAAAAAGUGUCUGGUUUCGACCCGGGCCACCCGUCACCAAGAGAAGCUGAAGAAGGAGCCCGUCGAUGAGCACAAAGCGCGUAGCAGGGGCAGCAAGCACGGUGACAGCCACCCAACUGAGUACAAGUUCCUGCCCGUCGAGGAGGAGCACGUUUUCCUCAUCGAUUUUGGACUGGCGUCCAAGUACCAGGAUCGCGGAGUGCACCGGCCCUUCAUAAUGGACCAGCGGCGGGCGCAUGACGGCACACUGGAGUUCACGUCGCGCGACGCCCACCUGGGCGCCCAUUCGCGGCGCAGUGAUCUGGAGUGCCUGGGCUACAACCUGCUGUACUGGUCCGAGGGCUAUCUGCCCUGGAAGGACGUAGCCCAGCAGCAGCAGCAGGAAAAAGUGCACCGCGCCAAGGAGCUGUUCAUGACGGACGUGCCCGAGAUGCUGCGACAGUUCUAUGGCAAGCAAGUUCCUAAAUAUCUGGGCGAGUUUCUGCUGCAGAUCGUUCAGCUGGCCUACCAGGAGCGACCCAACUACGAGCGCUACCGCAAGAUCUUUAAGCGCGAGUACCAGCGCCUGGGCUACGAUCCCAGUCAAAUGCGUUUGAGCAGCGAGGAGAUCCUGCGCACUUGUGUCUCCGCCAAGGAUGUGGUCGAUGGCAGCAAGUGCGACAUCUUCGAGCUGAACAACAAGAUAGCCACCAAUGUGAUGCGCAACUCGGCGCUGAACACCCCGUUCCAGGAGCAUUCGCUCACCAACCGCGUCUCACCCAAAAAUCUGCGUUCAAAGUCCAACAAGAAAACGGCGAAAAAGAAGUUCUCAUGGGCGGAGGUGCUCUCGCAGGAUCCCGAUCAAAUAGCCCGCGAACGGGCGGUCAAGGAGUUCGAGCGGGAGGAGUCCAUCUGCCCGCUGGAGUCCCGUCUUCCAAAGCGCUACGAGGGCAAGCCCACCUACGCGAUACUGGCCAUGGAGCAGAGUCGUCGCGAAAGGGGCUUGGUUGUCCAGGAGCAUAAUGACGACGACGACGGAGAGGAGGAUGAUGAUGAGGAUGGAGAGGACGAAGAAGAUGAGAACCAGGAGGCCCAGGGUGAUGAGGCAGAGGAAGAGGAGGACGCGGAUAGCGUUGAUGGUGAAGAUGAAUCGGAUGGUGCAAUGGAGGACAGCGAAUGCUCCCGCCAUUCCGCGAAAGCUCCGCGUGGCCGUCCCAGGGGCACCGCCCGCAAGCGAACCACCAGCAAGCAGAGCCAGACGCAGCAGAACCAGCCGCAGCCGCCGCCCGUGAAGCCCAGUCGCGGUGUGGGACGUCCGAGCAAGAACUCGACCGUCGUGCGGUUUGCUCACGGCAAGAGCCGCUCCACGCCGCUGUCGGCAGUGGCCAGUAACAAACGUGGCUGCGCCACACGCAAGGAGAACAGCCACAGCAACAGCUCCACUCUGGCCUCGGCCACCGGCGAAGGCGAGCGGAAACUGAAGUCGAGCCGCUUGCGCAGAGCUCUUUAUAAGACUGAACCCAAACACGGCGAGCACGAUGCGGAGAACAACUCGAGCCUGCUGGAAGUGCAGAAUCUGUACGGCGAAUACGAUGACGAGAACAACUACGGCAAGGGGCGCGGUGUCCACUCGUCCAGGCACUGUCGCAAAUGAUUGCCCCAGGAUUAGAUGACAAUUAGGAAUAGAGACUAGGACCGAUCCAAUUGGAUGUCGGACAACAACGGAAGCAGAUGAUAAACCGGACAGAGGAGCAGAACAGAAGAAACCUAAAUUCGUUUUCAAGUAUUUUUAGUGGUAAUUAAGGUACGAACAGGACAGAUCCUACUUAUAUACAUACAAACAUACUUCGACUUCGGACCUGAAAGGCGGCAGGCGAGGCGUGGACUCGAUCUAGUGAGACCGACUUCAUGAUGUGUAAUUUUGGUUUUUUAAACAUUAAAUCGAUAAGUUUUCGUAAGUUUUUUGGUUGGCACGCUCAGCUCCGUAGGGAAGAUGUUGUUGAAUUAUCCAUUAUACCAUGUAGUACCCAGUUGUAAGCGAUGUUUAUGUGUUUAAAGUUUAAACGGUGCGCAGGAGCAGUGCACCACGAUUGCCUUGAUAGCAAAUGAUUGAUCAUUGAUUUUUAAACUCCUAUUUUAUUACUUGAAAUUUUUAUGUUAGUUACGUUAUAUUAAAAACAUCAUCCUAUAGAUUCACCCACAUUUCAUGCAGCCCGGUACAUACUCUCCUCAAAAGUAUUUAAUAUAACUAGAUAAAGUUAUUUCGUAAACAUGAUACAAGUCUAAGCUAGGAUAUAUGUAUAUGCGUGUAUAAACAAGCAGCGGAAAUAAAUAAAAUAGAAUUGUAUUUCCUUAAUAAUUAA